AAUCCUGAGAGGAAACCCAGUCAAUGAGAUGGAGUUAGCAAGGAGUCUAAUUGAAAUGAUUUGACUUUUCAGUGUCUUUACCUAGACUAUGCAGGUUGGACAUGUGGGCAUUGUCUGGAAAAGAAAAGCAGAUUCAUCUAGAAGAAUUGUCAGUACUUCUAUAGACAAAAAACAGCUAUCCAGUCCAAGGGAUGAGGCAACUGAGAAGACAUUGAGUAUCAAAGCUAAUCAGUCUCCAUGAUAAUGAAAUUACAGAGCAUCCUGAUAUUGCUGAUUUUAUUCCUGUACUUGACCAUGUGGUUAUCAGCUUCAGGAAAAAGCUGGGAGACCUCAGAAGGAAUCCAAGAAUGUAAUUUCUACCAGAAUCAUGGAACUUCUAAGAACCUUGAAAAUCAGCUCAAGGACCAGCCUAAGGAACCAACCAAGGCUAUGGGAAAGUGGUUGAGAGAAAGCCUGGACAUUCUUCAGGAGAGACUGGAGCGAGAAUUAAGGGUUCUGGAACAACAGGUCAAAGACCUGGAAGAGUGGCUAGAUUAUCACUUAAAGGAUCUGGGGUCAGAAGAAAAGUGUGGAACCAUCACAAGUCACUUUUAAGCAUUCCAGGGAUAAGGCUGGAGUAGCCUACAAGGGAGGAUGGCUGAUGAAAACAUUUCUGAAUGUAAUGCAAAAUAACACUCUGAACAAGACGGAGCUUGAAUACUUGAGCUAUGUGGUAAAACAAAAAAUAAAGUAAUUUGAAAACCAA